GGCUGUUCCUUGGCUUCAUGGAAAUUCGUUCAUCUUUUUCAGAGGAGCUUCACGGUGAACUGUAAGCAGACUCACUCAUAGUGUUAAAUGUGACACAAAGCGCCUCGAUGGCCUAUUGUGAUCAUAGUGUUUACUAUUAAACACUCAGUGAAGAUGACAAGCACUGUGAUUGCAUAGUGUUUAAUAGUAAAACAACAAAAGUGAAAACGAACUGUAUGUUGAAUAUUCUAUUAUUACGCAAACAUGCAUCACCAAGUGAGAACCAAACGCCCUUCAAUCCUAAGUUUCGUUUUCCUCUCUAUAGAAGAAGGCGUGUCGCUGUGAGUGUUUGGCUCAGGUCAGCUGGAGCUGUGGUGGAAGAGCUGCAGGCUUCCUCCGGGAUGGCUUCUAAGGAUUUAAUCCUUAAGGUCCUGUGUGAAAACCAGGGGUGUUUGGACUUUGAGCAGCUGCUCGAACUCGCCCAGAGCAACUUCGGCUUUGAGGUGGCAGAUCUGCGCUCGGUUCUUUUUGACGACGGUGUGAUCGCGAUAAGAGAAGGAAAAGAGAAGCAGAACACCGGCGGCUAUUUGAUCAGGCCUGAUAGUCUGGUUGUGGCAAAAACCAGCCUGAGGCUUUGCAAGGUGAAAGCUGGACAGUGUAAACAGUGUGAUGGUUUACACCUGUGCAGGUACAUUGUUGGUGGAAGCUGCAGCUUCGGGGACAAGUGUAAAAAUCCACACAGUCUCACCUCUCACCACAACAGUCGGCUUUUAAGGAGACACGGUCUUCAUGAUUUGACAGAGAAACAGUUGUUGCAGCUCUUGAUGCAGAAUGAUCCUUUUCUGCUUCCAGAGGUUUGUCCGCAUUACAACAAGGGUGACGGUCAGUUUGGCUCCUGCAAGUUUGCCGCCACCUGCAAAAAGCUCCAUGUCUGCCUGCACUUCCUGCAGGGAGACUGUAAGUUUGGCUCGUCGUGUAAGAGAAAACACACUUUUGACCAACAAGCACUGAAACUUUUCCAGGGAUUCAGUGAGGAAAAUAUUCGAAACCUUUACAAGAUCUACAGGAAUAAAUUCAUCAUCACUGGUCAACAAGAGAAGCCAGCUGCUGCAUCAGUGCUUCCAGAGGAGAGAAUCAGCCAUCAGCAGCCUUCCCAUGAACAUUCUCAAAACAAACCCCAAUCUCCAACUAAGUCUGCCAACCCUCCUAAGCCAUUAACCGACGCAGAGCGUAACGAAAUCUGCCUCUUCUUUAUACGCAGACACUGCAGCUUCAAAGAGAAAUGCAGCCGUGUCCACUGGCAUCUUCCUUACAGAUGGCAGGUUUUAGACCAAGAUGGUGUGACCUGGAAGGACUUGGUCAACAUGGAGGAAGUUGAGAAAGCAUUCUGUGAUCCAUCAUGUGAGACGAGCAGCCAAGAUCAACCAACAGUUACUUCAGCAUUUCUGAGGUUUCUCAAUUUUCAAAGUGCACCAAUAAGGCCUUGCGUGGACUUCAAGACGAUGACGCUUGGAGGAUCACAAGUUCGGCGGCUUUCCACUGCCUCAUCUGUCUCAAAGCCCCCACACUUCAUUUUAACAACAGAGUGGUUGUGGUACUGGAAGGAAAACGAUGGGAAAUGGCUGGAGUAUGGACAGGAUUCAGGAGAUCCCUCGGUCACUUCCCAAACUCUGGAAAAUGUGUACCUGGCAGACAGAGAAACGGAGAUCUCUUUCCAGGUUGGCAAACAAAAGUAUGUUUUACACUUUAAGGAUGCAGCAGGAACCCAGCAAAUGUAUCAGCAGAAUGUACAAUACCAGACCAAGAGAAAUGUCCGAAGGAGGCCUCGCUUUGUGUCAGCUCAAGAUGUGGAGGCGAAGCUCAAGAGUGAAACAUCACACACUGCAAACUCGUCCACUAUGGAAAAUGUCCCAUCGCAUUGGGACAAGAGUGCACUGCCUGAUCUAGGAUACAAGCUAAUAGUUCUGUCCAAACCAGCAGCAGAUUACAAUAUGAUUGAGAUGUUGUUCAAGCGCACCCUGCCUAAUGCUAACAUUGAAAGCAUCCAGAGGAUUCAGAAUCCAUCCUUGUGGAAGGUCUUUCAAUGGCAGAAGGAACAGAUGCAGAAGAGGAAUGGAGGGAAACUUGUAGAUCAGCAGUACUUGUUCCAUGGGACAGAUGAGAGCCUGGUUGACGCUAUAUGUGAGCAAAACUUUGACUGGAGGAUGUGCGGCGUCCAUGGAACAGCCUAUGGCAAAGGGAGCUACUUUGCCAGAGAUGCAACCUACUCAGACAGAUAUUCCAGAGUAAAAGGGAGUCAGACCAAGAACAUGUUUGUUGCUCUGGUCCUGGUCGGUGAAUACACCACUGGGAACAGCAGCUAUGUUCGACCACCUCCAAAAGCAGGAAGCAAAGCUCUGUAUGACAGCUGUGUUAAUUCCACCAGCAACCCCACCAUAUAUGUGAUCUUUGAAAAACAGCAGAUUUAUCCAGAGUAUCUCAUCAAAUACAGAUAAGUCAAAACUUUACACUUAAUCCUAAUCUGUGUUUUCUGCAUUUUUCUGGGCACAGUCUCUUUAUCUAAAUGAAGUUUACAACUUGCACAUGUUUGAACCUCGUACUGGUGUGUAAUGUUUAGUGAUUCUUAAAUAUUAGGGCUAAAACUAGGAGAGAUGGAGCCGUUAUGUUUGCUACUCUAAAGCAGAUUAAUUCUAGGACUAUGUCUUGCACUUUCAAAUCCAUUUGCAAACCUUUUUGUUUUUCAUUAUUAUAUUGUGAAUCAUUUUAUUUGGUGUGUAUCUGAGUCUUUGUGUUUGCAUCAGAAUUGAUCAAUUUCUAAUUGAACUGAUGUCUGUUUUUACUGUGGGUGUUGUCUGUUUUGGGGAGAACUGCAAUGAUGUAAAUCAGAAGGAGGCAUUGAGAGAGUAACAUUUGAUCUGUAUUAGGUUUGUGGAAUAUUUUUUUUCUGGUUGCUGCUAAAUAAAGACAAUAAAAUCUGUA